CCUGAGCAUCAGUGUAUUCACAGAGUUAGCGGAGUAUGACACUGAGGAGCUCUAUAUCCUAAACAUUCAUAGACUGACAGCAGAGAUAACGCUGAACAGAAGGAAGCCGUGAGCUCUGCUGCAUAUUUGUCCGCCAGCCAUGGACUGCACCAGUUCCAACCCCAGUCCCAGACCGCUGCUUCACCCAGGGUUGCUCAGUGCAGCUGGCCCUCAAGAAGGGAUGCCACCUGCGGUACCUAUGCCCGCCUCACUGCUGCGCCCCUCUUCGCUGCUGCUGAGAGCUGCUGCCGCCGCUGCUGCUUGCUCCCCGAGAAUGGCGAUAUCCCUUGACAGAGCUGGUGGGGGCUCCCUGUACACACGGACCCCCAAGUGUGCCCGGUGCCGGAACCAUGGGGUGGUGUCAGCGCUAAAAGGGCACAAGCGCUUCUGCAGAUGGAAGGACUGUUCCUGUGCCAAGUGCACACUGAUUGCGGAGAGGCAGAGGGUGAUGGCUGCGCAGGUGGCGCUCAGGAGGCAGCAGGCACAGGAGGAAUGUGAGGCACGGGGGGUCCAGCAUUACGUGUACCCCGGAGGGGGCGAGGCGCCUGGGCACAGAGGCCACACUUUACCUAUGUACAGCCAAGAGGGCAAUAAAGAUGAAGCAUCUAUAAGGCAGAAUUCAUUCUAUGGAACAAUGUCCAGACCUGCAGUGUCCACCCAUUGUAUCUCCCAGCCAACUACAACAGGCAGCACAGGUCAGAUAUUAAAGUCUUCAGGAUCUGCAGUGUCAAGCAAGGAAGAUUCUGUUCAGUCUCCUGUAUCUGAAGAGAUAUCAGAAGGUGCUGAGAGUCCAAGAUCACUGUCAUCGUCAGACUUGGAAUCAGGAAAUGAAAGUGAGUGGCCCAGAGAUCUCAGUGCUUCAAAUUCUAAAGCCGUAGUGGCAUCUUCUAAGCACAGAGAUCCCAUGGAGAUUCUUAGCAAGGUCUUCCCAAACUACAAACAGACCAGUCUACAAAGCAUUUUGCACCACUGCAAAGGAGAUGUAGUACAAGCCAUAGAGCUGGUUUUAAAUGGAAAAGAUCACAAACAAGAUACCAGAGACACUGAAAGCCCAUCCAGAUCAGAACAAAGUACCUUUCUAAAAGAACCAACAUACAGCUUUUCCGGCGUAGGCUUUAGUACUAAAUCUGCAUUUUCCCCUCUCCACGCAAACCCAUCUCCUGUGAGAGGUGACACCAACAUGUUUAACCCUAGACUUGGACUUAGUCCACUGAGGCUAACAUAUUCUACAUCUAAUAGAGGAUUACCUAGUUUUAUUUCUCCCUAUUUAACAUCUGGGUUUGUUCCUUCAUUUCCUUUCCAGCCUGGUAUGGAAUACUCAUUCCCAGGAAUGUUAAGGGAUGCAUCCUAUUACCCACGUAAAGACUCUGUGAGCAUUAGUGGACUUUACUCCAGAUUAAACCAGGAAAACCAAUAA